AUGGAGAGCCCCGGCAACGAUCGCACUGUUAGCAGGGGAACCUCGAUACUUCGAAACGUCCAAUCGAUAGCCAGCCCAGUCGUCAGAGCCCUGACCUUUUUGCACGAUAGGAUUCCUUAUCUUCGUGACGUCAAAUACAAUUUCAUUACGCUGCAUUACUGCUAUCUUAUACUAUGGGCCAUCGUUGGAUCUGUGGUAGUGUAUCCUGGGAGCAACAUGGCAUACAUCGAUGCUCUAUUUUUUGCUAGCGGUGCUGCUACGCAGAGUGGACUCAACACCGUCAACUUCAACCAGGUUCCGACCUAUGCGCAGAUUUUUCUGUAUAUUAUAGCCAUGUGGACCAACCCUAUCGUCAUCCAUACGUUCGUUGUUUUUGUGCGGCUUUAUUGGUUCGAAAAGCGUUUUCAACACGUCGUGAGAGAUGCGCGUGCUUUGCGCCGCACAAAGACAAGGACAUUUACGACUGGAAGAGACCAGCAGAGCAAUGCGCUCGAAGGACAGGGCGUGCGUGGCCAGUCCAUUGUUGUCCUGCGCAACGAGGACGGGGAAGCGCGCGAUACGGUGCAUGCCCCCAAACCGGAUGCAGAUGCAAAUUCCGAAACGGGUUCAUCAAGUAAAACCCGCAAUGGCCUUGGCGAGAGCGAUGGCCUUCCAAAGCUGCCUACGCCAUCUCCAUUAUCCGAGGUUGAGGGCAUGCGUCUUCCAUCCCAACGGAGUCCCGAGCAUCAUAUUGCUUUUCUGGAGCACCAGCGAACAGACAAAGAUACGCUGCGAAUUCCCAGCCCCCGAGAGUAUGAUCGGGGCGGUAUGCCCCAGGCCCUGAACGAAGCUGUUGAGAACCAGCCCACCAGUCCCAAGGCUCGACCAGCCGACGAUGAACAGCAACAAGGCGGGACGAACGAAUUUUCUAACCAUAUCACCAUCAACGAGCCGGACAUCAUCCGUUUCAGAACGGCAACUACUCAUUUUCCUCGUGUUGAAUCACGACGUACCACGGGCCGCGAUGAUGGUGACAAUGACCAAUUAAGAACCCGAACUCGAAGGGGCACCAUCAAUGGUAUUUUCAGGUCGAUAACUCAGGAGCAAGACAAGGAUACCUUGCCGUACUUGAGCUGGAAUGCUACAGUCGGUAGAAAUUCCGCCUUCGUUGCUCUGACCGAGGAGCAACGCGAAGAACUCGGUGGCAUCGAGUACCGAGCCCUCAAAACACUGGCACUUGUGUUGGUCGGCUAUUUUGUCGGCUUCCACCUGUUCGGCAUUGUGUGUCUCCUGCCCUGGAUUAUGACCAGUGAAAAAUACGGGUCUGUGGUAACUUCUGAUGGACAAGGACGUCCAUGGUGGGGUAUCUUCACACCACAGUCGGCCUUCAACGAUGUGGGCUUCACCUUGACCCCUGACUCCAUGAAUUCUUUCUACGAAGCCAUUUGGCCCCUUCUCGUCAUGAGUUUUCUUAUUGUCAUUGGUAACACGGGUUUCCCUUGCAUGCUCCGCCUCGUGAUCUGGAUUCUUUCAAAGUUUACAACGUCUGGCAGCGCUCUGUGGGAGGAACUUCGUUUUCUACUAGACCAUCCUCGCCGAUGUUUCACCUUGUUGUUUCCUCGCAAUGCUACAUGGUGGCUUUUUGCUAUUCUGGUCGUAUUGAAUGCUGUGGACUUGAUCUUCUUUAUUAUACUUGAUUUAAACGACCCUAUUAUCACCGGCAUUCCAGUGGGGUAUCGCAUUCUAGACGGUCUCUUCCAAGCAUUUUCGACUAGGACGGCUGGGUUUGGUGUAGUCGACAUCGCUGCUUUGCACCCUGCUAUUCAGGUCUCCUAUAUGAUCAUGAUGUACAUCUCUGUUUUCCCUAUCGCCAUCUCCAUGCGACGGACCAACGUGUACGAGGAAAGAAGUCUCGGUAUAUACAGUCCAAGCGAUGAGGAUGACGACGGCGACGCGACCAAAGAGCCUAGCUACAUUGGAGCGCAUUUGCGUCGGCAAUUGAGUUUCGAUUUAUGGUACAUUUUCUUGGGGCUGUUUAUCAUUGCCAUUGUUGAAGGCGAUCGAUUGGAAAAUAAUUCUGAGGCUGCUUCCUUUAAUCUGUUCGCGGUUCUGUUUGAGAUUGUCUCGGCCUAUGGAACAGUUGGGUUGUCCAUGGGCUAUCCCACCACAGAUGCAUCCUUCUCCAGUCAGUUCAGGGUUAUCUCCAAACUCGUUAUUAUCGCCAUGCAAAUCCGUGGUCGACACCGUGGCUUACCAUACGCGCUUGAUCGAGCAAUUCUUCUUCCGUCUGAAUCUCUGCAUGAGAAAGAACGGAUAGAUGCGGAACGACGUCUCCGUCGUCGAGAGUCGAAUAUUAGCAAUGCACCAGGUGUUUCCGGGCGGGCAUCUGGCAUAUAUAGGGCGGACACAACUGCAUCGAUGGGUAGCAGGACUCGAUCUAGACGGUCGGAGGCUGUUUGA